AUCAGUGCCCGGUCUAUUGCAAGCAAUUUUGUGUCUCUCUCAUCCUCUGUUCGCAUUUCGUUUUCUCAAUGGCUUCUUCUCCUGUAAAAGCAGCACUGGGUGAACUCAACAAAGACUCCUUCGUGACCCUCCUCUCGAAGCUCAUCGGGGAGUCCAAGUACGUACAGAACAACCCACCAGACCUCAUCCCGGAAGAGGACAGAAUCGUCCGGCACGUGCUUGACGUCCUCCUCCCCUUCAGCACUACCACCGGCGGUGGCCCACUCAUCGUCAACCAUGUCACCUACAAACCCAAUAGAGGCAACCUGAUAGUGGAGUACCCUGGAACUGAGCCAAACAAGGUCUUGUCUUUCGUGGGAAUGCACAUGGACGUUGUCACUGCUAACCCUGAUGAGUGGGAAUUUGAUCCGUUCUCAAUGAGCAUUGAUGGGGAUAAACUUCGUGGCCGUGGAACAACUGAUUGUUUAGGGCAUGUUGCUCUUGUAACUGAGCUUAUGAGGAAGCUGGGGGAGGCAAAGCCAAAAUUGAAGUCCUCUGUGGUUGCUGUUUUCAUAGCUAGUGAAGAGAACUCAUCCAUUCCAGGAGUUGGUGUAGAUGCACUAGAAAAAGAUGGAUUGCUUAGUAAAUUAAAGCAUGGUCCUCUCUUUUGGAUUGACACGGCAGAUAAACAACCUUGCAUUGGUACUGGUGGUUGUAUUCCUUGGAAACUUCAUGUCACUGGAAAGCUUUUUCACAGUGGUCUAGUACACAAGGCUAUAAAUCCUUUGGAACUAGCUAUGGAAGCUAUUAAAGAGAUCCAAUUGCGAUUCUAUAAAGAUUUCCCUCCCCAUCCAAAAGAACAGGUUUAUGGAUUUGCAACACCAUCAACCAUGAAACCGACUCAAUGGAGUUAUCCUGGAGGUGGUAUAAAUCAAAUUCCUGGGGAGUGUAGAAUCUCAGGAGAUGUCAGGCUAACGCCAUUUUACAACGUAACAGAUGUGAUGCAGAAGCUACGAGAAUAUGUAGAUGAUAUAAAUGUCAACAUUGAGAAGCUGGAUACAAGAGGGCCGGUUUCGAAAUAUGUCCUACCCCAUGAGCAAUUGAGGGGAAGAAUUACAAUAAGUUUUGAUGAUGCAUCGUCUGGGGUUGCUUGUGAUCUUGAUUCCCGCGGUUUCCAUGUAUUGUGCAAAGCCACUGAAGAAGUGGUUGGGUAUGCAAAACCCUACUCUAUAACAGGCACUUUGCCACUCAUACGAGAACUGCAGGAUGAAGGCUUUGAUGUUCAAACUUCAGGCUAUGGCUUGAUGGCUACAUACCAUGCCAAGAACGAGUACUGUCUUCUUUCUGAUAUGUGCCAAGGCUACGGGGUGUUUUCCAGUAUCAUCUGCCAAUUAGAAGAUUGAUUUUCCACAAGUAAUAAUACCGGCUGAUACUUUAGAUACACCGAACCACUCUACAGGUGAAAUGAAAUCUAGAUCAAAUAAAUUUUGUUGAUGAACAAUUCUGGUGAACAUGUUUGCUUGUUUAACGAAAUAGACCUAAUAAAUUUUGUUGAUGAACUAUUCUGCUUGAAAUCCUUUUUUUAUCCUUCUGUGAAGUCUUAUUUGAGUUUAUACAGACAAUGGCUUUUUAUGUUAAUAGGGCGACGAUCUGAUUCUGAAUAAUAUUAUUUUGUUUGUUUUCCAAUCUAA